UCUACUGCGGAGAGGAAGGGAGGGGAGAAGCCUUUUCAAAUACACAUACAUUUCAAUAUCGCUACUGGAUAUAUAAUUUAACAGCUUCUUCUCCAAACGAAUGUUCUGUGGAUGUUAAAUUCGCACGCGUAACACCAUCGACGCACGCAGACGACAGGAAAGCGGCGGGAGAAUGCAGGAAAGAAGCGAAGCGGCCUGUUUUUGUUCCUGAGGCGCAGCUCACACUGACAUCAAACAGCCUCUCAACUCAUACCGCUUUUUUCCUCACACGCGACUUGAAAUCACUUCGCAUGGAUGCACGGUGAAUAUCUUGCACCUUAAAGUCCUUUAAAAAAGGAAGGAGCACAAAAGGAGGCCUGCUUUCGUUUAUUAUUAUUUUUUGCAGCGCCAUGAAGCGCGGCGGACAAUAACAGAGUGACGGUGUUUGCGUGUAGCCGCUAUCAUUCGAGCCUCAGCUCGUAUCGAGAUUAAUAAAUAAACAAACAGACGGAAUAGCACCGCAAACAAGGACUGCAUUCAUCCCGUAUCAGACAAGGAGGCAAUCUGUGCUCUCUGUUUGAAUUUGGUGGUAAUCGGAGGCCCAGUGGGGCGAAGAGCGCCACCAGCGUGUUGUUGUUGAAUUAAAAAAAACAGAAAUCGUGCAAAUGCAUCUUUGAAUUGUGCUUUCAACCAGACCCCCGUGGAUGUUGUUUCAUCACACGAUGAUGACGAGGAUUUGGUCGUAUUUCGUGCCGUGGAAGAGGGGCAAGCGUUAAGAUGGAGUGGUUUUAAUUGCAUGCGAUGAACAGACAUUUCACAGUCGACGGAAUUGCACGCGACGUUGAUGAUACGUGGGCUUUCACCGUCGCUCCUUCACGCUUUUAUUUUCCUCCCCGAAGUGGAUCCGUCUAGCACGACACUGCUGAGAUGAACCCGGUGAAUGCGACCACUCUCUACGUGUCAGCUUGUCGGUCGGUGCUGCAGUGCGAUCCCCGGGACCCCCAGGCUUUGGCGGAAAUCUAUAAGCUCUUGCCCUUUUUCAGACAGUCUCUCGCCUGCCUUGUGUGUGGCAAUUUGCUACAAGAUCCAAUCGCUCCUACCAACUCAUCGUGCCAGCACUAUGUCUGUAAAUCAUGUAAAGGCAAAAAGAUGAUGAUGAAACCGUCGUGCAGCUGGUGCAAAGACUAUGAGCAGUUUGAAGAGAAUAAGCAGUUGUGCAUCUUGGUGGAUUGCUACAAAAAACUCUGCGAGUACAUCGCAGAUUCUCCUCUCGCUCAACACAUUUCAAGUACUGUGGAAGGGUCUUCAGACAUCCUGUCCUUGUUGAAUGAGGGACUGGAGGGUCAGGGGGAGGAGUCACUCUCCCUGAGUUUGACAAACCAAUCACCAACACCCUCAACCUCAGAAACGCUCCCCGAUGAGGGCCAGUCCCCUUCCACAGAGAUCAAGGAGCAAGGCCUCAGCCCUCUUGGGGUGAAUGGUCUUCAGGAUUGCAAUGGCUUGACCAAUGUAGAGGAAUUGACUGCCAGCUUACCUUCUCUUGAGGCCAGUGUCCCUGACUCAGUGGAGAGUAGCGGGGCUGAUGAAGUGAAGCAAGAGAGUUUCACCAAUGAAAUCCCUGUUUGCGAGGCAGUGGCAGCAGCUGGUGAGGAGCUUUGUACAAGCACCUUGGACAUUUGUGGCUUCAGCGAGGAUAUUAAACACGAUGGUGGGACUCUCCUCUUGAGUGUAGAGGAAGUGCUCAGGACUCUAGAACCAGAUCAUGUUUCCCAGGAUGAGUGUCCUGCUAUUUUGCAAUCAACUCUUGAACCUUCGGGGAACUUAAACGGACCAUUUUCCUCGGUUGACUCUAGCCGGCAACCCUCCUCACUCCCACAGGACUCGCACGAAGUUCUUGUGCCCCAACACCAGGUGUCCCAGCAGAAUCAGCAACAUUUAGGAAUAUCCUGUUCUGCAGUGACACCACGAAUGCCACGUUCCAAUCGGAAGCGCUCGCGGUCAGAAAGCGAUAGUGAGAAGAUCCAACCCUUGCCCAUUUCCACCUUCAUCUGUGGCCCUACAUUGGGAGCCUCUGCUCCGGUUCAGAUCAAGUGUGAGCCAAAAUCUCCUGCACAGACUAUCCCGCACAUGGCAGUGGUGCCCAAUGGUGGUGGCCUUUCAAAGGUGGGCAAGACAUUACUAGUGCCUGCCAAACCUGUCAAAAAGACCCUAGACCACCAUGGACCUAAGAAGGCGUACACUAAAUCCAAACAAGGCACUCCAAAAUCCAAGGAGAAGAUGAAAGACAGAAUUCUGACUAGCUCCCUCAUUCCCGGCAGCCCCACCAAAGUGGUGUACAAAAAGGCGCAGGAGAAAAAGGGCUGCAAGUGCGGCAGAGCGACUCAAAACCCAAGUGUUCUUACAUGCCGUGGACAGCGAUGCCCCUGUUACUCCAACCGCAAAGCCUGUCUGGACUGCAUAUGCAGGGGCUGCCAGAACUCCUACAUGGCCAAUGGCGAAAAAAAGCUGGAGGCCUUUGCGGUGCCAGAAAAGGCACUCGAGCAGACAAGACUAACUCUAGGCAUAAACGUCACCAGCAUCGCAGUGCGUAACGCCACCGGGAGCGGCGCCGGCGGGAUGCUGAACGUCUCCACCGCGGCUGGUUCACCUGUGGCCUCUUUCUUGGCUACGGGACCACACGAAGACAAAGGAUUCGAUGAACCAUUGGACAUGAGGUUUGACUGAGUCCUGGAUGAUUCUCCUUUAACAUCGCCCUGUUUUCCAGACUGGCUUGCUUUCAGUGUGGUGGCACUGUAGCAAGGGGCCGAUGCCAGCAGAGUCAGCUAUCGACAAGGCAGCUACUGUGAUUCUGUUCCAGUUCACAUUAUCAAUUAUACAAGCUAUUGCUGAAGCUCGUGCCUUUAAAUCAUUUGUAAUGUUUUCGGUUUACACGCACACCUUUAGGAGGAGACGAGUUUCUUUAGGUAAAGGGGUUAUUUUGAUUUUCAAGUGAUCUAUAAGGCACGAUCUUUAGCAAGAUAUACCUGACCUCAUUGUUGCGGGUCACGCUAUGUGCAUAUGUGGAAGAUUUUCAGUUUGUAGGCUAGCGGACGAGACCUGUUAAAUGAAUGGUACCCUACAGCAUCAGUAGAGACUGGUUGUAUUUAUAAACCGUUUUUUGUACACAGACUUAAUGAAUUCGAUUUAAACAAAAAAAAAAAAACAAAGUACAUUUUAUGAUAUAUUUUGUAAGUUACAUUAACAACAUUUGCAGUAUUUAUUGGGUAUCACUUAACAUAGAUUACGGUCCACAGAGGGCAUCAGCUGGAUACCAUUUCUACAGAUGCAAGUCACACAGAUGCAGUAUGUACGGUUUUUCUGUCUAAAUUAUGUUGUUGUCCUGAUUGUGCUAGUUUUUUGCUGUCUCAAACUGUUAUUUUUCCCUUGGGGCAUUUAAAUACCUGUAAUAUAAAUGUAACAUAUUUCCACAAAAAAGAAAAAUCCUAACAAGACUCUUGUCUUUCAUUUCGAAAAUCAUUUUAAAAUUGCAUGUUCUUUUCUGAAGGUUUUAGAAAUUAUGACUGGUGGUUUAAAUCAGUGGUUCUCAACCAUGUUCCUGGAGGACCAUCAGCCCUGCAUGUUUUGGACGUCUCCUUUGUCACACCCAUUUCAGGUCUUUCAGUCUCUGCUAAUGAGCUGAUGAUCUGAAUCAGGUGUGUUUGGUCAAGGAGACCUGGAAAAUGCAAAGCUGGUGGUCCUCCAGGAACAUGGUUGAGAAACACUGGUUUAAAUUAAUGUAUUAGCGAAAGGUCAACAAAUAUCCUGUGAUGCAGUUAAUUACAAGAGUGCAUUACAAUCACAAUGCUGUCCAUGUGUGAGUGUGUAAACUUACUGUACAUGUACAUUGUUUUUCCUGACAGCGUCAAGCAGAAGUAUAGGGAAGGAUCAUAUAGCUUUUGGAGAAAUCAAUGUUUUGUUAGACUUCUUCUUGACUAGUACAGAAUCGCUUUACAGUUGCUGACAUACAAUAUUAAUGAGACAUUUCAUUCAUAUUACUGCCCAGAAUAUUGCUGAGGGGGGCUUAUUUCUUGGCUUUACUCUGUUGUAUGGAAAGUGGAAAAUCCAUAUAUAUAAAAAUACACUGCACCUGAAAUAUCAUUGGUUAGAAAUAUACGAUUCCAAAAAAUAGAUGGAUAACUGGAAUCAUAUGCCUGUAAUAGUGCAAUCAAACAAAUCCAUGGGGUGCAGUAAUGUGCUGGAUCUCUGCCCAGUAACUGUAUUUACAAACUUUUACCACAAGUGGGCAGAAUGUAGACAAAAAUGGCUAUGGUCAAAU